GUAAUCUAAUAACUUGGACAAAAAAUCUCUGAUUAUCUAUUCACUAGCUGACUACUACAAAGUACAAACCACAAACUUGCUAUAGUGAUUGACAAAAAUGUCAAUAUCCUCUCCCCACCCCCUCAAGUCUCCCUAUGAAAGGGAUUCAAAGCUUGAAAACCAAGACUUCAGAAAAUCAGUCUGGCUUCUUCAGUUUCCUUUCUCUGCAGAUUUAUGGACCUUGCUGCAGCCAUAACCAUUUCAUUCCUUCUUCACCUCAUAAUCUCUCUUCAUCUCUGCACAUCAUCAACCACAGACACCAUCAGCUUCAACCAAUCUCUUACAGAUGGUCAAGUGCUGGUCUCCAAUGGCGACCAAACCUACACUCUCGGCUUCUUCAGCCCCACUGCCGGGAACUCGAGCAACCGCUACCUAGGAAUAUGGUACACCAAGGUUCCGGUCCUAACCGUCGUCUGGGUCGCCAACCGAGACGACCCGAUCAACGACACAACCGGGUCGCUCUCGUUCGACCAACGGUCGAACGACCUCGUCCUGCAACGACGGGGAACCACCGGGAACCCCGUCCCCGUGUGGUCAGCAAACGUUCCUACCACCGCGGGAAUGAACAACUCGACCGCCAAGCUACUCGACACAGGAAAUUUCGUCGUGCUUCGGUCCGACGGCACGACGGUCACCUGGCAGAGCUUCGAUCACCUGACCGACACGUUGUUCCCGAACAUGAAGUUCGGGCUGGACCUCAGGACCGGGCUGAAUCGAUCCCUUCGGUCCUGGAAGUCUCCCGACGACCCCGCAUCGGGGGACUGGUCCAUGGGCAUCGACCCGAGGGGAGUGCCCCAGAUCAUCAUUUACCACCAAACCGGUCGGACCAAACGGUGGCGUUACACCCCGUGGAACCGAAAUUCGAUUCACGACUCGGUGGUUAAUUACAACUACACCACCAGAUUAUUCGCCGGUGACAUAAACAGCAGCGAGACGACCACAGUCUGGGCGUUCCGAGAUCCGGCGAUCGUGUCGAGGAUGUACCUCGAUUCAUUAGGGUUCAUGAAGCUGAACAUAUGGCAGAACGAUCAGUGGGUCGAAUUCAGCUCCGGGCCGAAGGAUCCCUGCGAUUACUACGGCCGCUGCGGCCCGAACGGAAACUGCGACCCUUAUCGAGCAGGGGAGCUGGAGUGCGAUUGCCUUCCUGGGUUCGAGCCGAAAUUUCCAAACAAUUGGUCAGUGAGAGAUUCGUCAGGUGGGUGUGUCAGGAAACGGAAUUCGACCUGUACGGACGGUGAAGGGUUUGUGAAAUUGGAAAAUGCGAAAGUUCCUGACACUGUGACAGGGCGACUGAAUGUUGGUGUGGAUUUGGAGACGUGCAGAACAGAGUGUCUGAAGAACUGUUCUUGCACGGCUUACGCGAAUGCGAAUGUGACGAACGGAGUCGGGUGCGUGACGCUGUAUGGAGAUCUGAUGGAUACGAGGGUCUUUACUGAUGGUCGACAGGACUUGUUCGUGCGAGUGGACGCAAUUGCGUUGGAUGAAUACAUGAGAAAGUCGGAAGGGCAGAGUGGGGAGGAGAAGAAGAAGAAGAAAGAGAAGAAGAAGGAAGUGUUGGUGAUUACUUUGGCGUCUGUGGGUGCGACGGCGGCCGUGGUUUUGGGGGUUUCGAUUGUGUGUUGUUGCCUGCUGAAAUGGAGAAGAAAAGAAGGCAGGGGAGGCACCAAUCGGAUUGUUAAUGGAGUACAUUAUGAUGUUAAGAAUGAGAACUUGUAUGAGGAGAAGGAUUCUUCUGUGUCGAUUUUCGACGUAAAUGACAUAUUUGCAGCCACGGGGAAUUUCUCGCUGGCCAACAAGAUUGGGCAAGGUGGUUUUGGCUCUGUUUAUAAGGGUUUACUACCCGACGGGCAAAAAGUUGCAGUGAAGAGAUUGUCGCAAACUUCAAGCCAAGGGAUUGAAGAGUUCAAGAACGAAGUGAAGCUGGUAUCCAAACUCCAGCACAAGAAUCUAGCGAGAUUGUUUGGUUGUUGCAUUCAUGGAGAGGAGAAAAUGCUGGUGUAUGAGUACUUGCCAAAUAAGAGCCUUGACUUCUUCAUCUUUGAUAAAACAAAAGGCUCAUUAUUGACUUGGAAGACACGAUUUGAUAUAGUGAACGGAAUUGCUCGAGGAUUAUUGUAUCUACACAGAGAUUCAAGGUUGAAAAUUAUUCACAGAGACCUAAAGCCUAGCAAUAUACUAUUGGAUGCCACAAUGAACCCCAAAAUUUCAGAUUUUGGGAUGGCUAGGUUAUUCGGGGAGGAUCAAACGGAGGCCAAUACAAACAGAGUUAUGGGAACAUACGGAUACAUGUCACCAGAAUACGCAAUAAAAGGCCUAUACUCCACGAAAUCCGACGUCUUCAGCUUUGGGAUACUCGUACUUGAGAUUGUCAGUGGCAUGAGAAGCAACCAUUGUUACAAAGAAAAUCCAUCAUUGAGCUUGAUAGGCCACGUGUGGGAUUUGUGGAGGGCAGGAAGAGCAUUGGAGGUUGCAGAUUCGCCGACUAUGGGAAAAUCAUAUUCCGCAGAUCAAGUGAUGAGGUGCAUUCAGAUAGGCCUUUUAUGUGUUCAGGAAUCUCCAACGGAUCGGCCGACCAUGUCGAAUGUUGUCUCCAUGUUGGGUAAUGCAACCACUCUUCCAUCUCCCAAGGAACCUGCAUUCAUACUUGUAAGACAAUACGAUGAUGCAGACUCGUCGGCUGAUGAUAGACCUGCAGUUAUUUCCAUCAAUCAUGUGUCAAUAACAACUAUAGAAGCACGAUAAGUGACAGUACAGAGAUUACCAAGUACACAGAUGUGAACUUCAGGAUCUUAGAACUCGGCUAUGCUGCUAGUAUAGGCUCCCUCCCAAGUCUCUUCGGCCGCGAGAGAUAUCGUGAAUGACUGAGCAUGUAGCACAAUGCAGUUACUGAAAGGAAAAGGCUAAAUGGCCCAGACCCUGGCUUCCUGCAGUUCUCAGUGUCUCUAGUACCUGCUUUCUUCAGCUGAAUUCCUUGGCUACAGAAGGUCCAGGUAGCAAAGCGAAGUGCAGAGAUGAACCAUCCAGACCAAUACUACGAGCUACUUGGAGGAGGUAUUCUAUGUCGAUCUCAUCAGGGUGAUGCUGGAACAACUUGAGGUUGGCUGCAAAAUCCCCCCACAGUAACCUACUCCUCAAGCACACCAACAUUGCACAAGAAAUCCUCAGCAGCAUA